AUGGGGGAUAAGGAAGCAUCAGCAGAAUGUCGGAAAACCAGUUCAACGCAACCCGGCUAUCGUAAGCGUGUUAUGCGUCGAGUUAAUGAAGAUUCGCAUACUCAAGAACCAGUAGCCAGUGGCACUUCGAAUUGGCUUUCUGGCGAAGAACGAUCACGAUUGGAAGCUGUACAACGGGAUUGGCGUCUUUCGAGACCCGCCAAACCUUACUCGCCAUGGAGCCGUUAUCGGCAACCGUCAGUAGACAAGUCAUCGAAGCCAUCAGGAGCUGUCGCACGGAACGACGCAACCGCGCAUCAACAAACUUUGUUCGAACGAAAUAGAAUCCCAGCUGUUUCAUCACUUGCAAUACAGCUCGGUCCUCAAGGAAUUGACAAGAAGAUCCACGAAACAGUAAAUGAGGAAGAUGAAAAGGAGAAAAUUGAGGAGAACACUGCAGUAAUUUCAGAAACUCCGUCGCUUUUGCCGUCACAUGAAAAUGAAAAGAAAGAUGAAUUAGCUCGAGCAGAGGAAAAGCAGCGGGAGGUCGUGGAUGAUGACGUCGAUGCGGAGGAGGAGAAGCCUAUCGACAAAUCACCAGAUGGACGGUUUUUGAAAUUUGACGAAGAGCUGGGACGUGGAUCGUUCAAAACUGUUUACCGUGGUUUGGAUACGGAAACAGGAGUUGCGGUUGCAUGGUGUGAACUUCAAGAGAGUAAGCUGAACAAGGCAGAAAGACAACGUUUUCGGGAGGAAGCUGAAAUGCUGAAAGGUUUGCAACAUCCAAAUAUUGUGCGAUUCUACGAUUAUUGGGAAAGACAAGAUCAUGCUGGCAAGAAAAGAUACAUUGUAUUGGUGACAGAGCUGAUGACAUCUGGAACGUUAAAAAUGUAUCUGAAACGAUUCAAACGGAUAAACAUAAAGGUACUGAAGUCAUGGUGUCGGCAAAUUUUGAAGGGACUUUCUUUUCUUCACUCACGUAAUCCACCGGUAAUUCAUAGAGAUCUCAAAUGUGAUAACAUCUUUAUCACAGGCACAACGGGAAGUGUUAAAAUUGGCGACUUGGGAUUGGCAACGCUGAAAAAUAAAUCAUACGCCAAAAGCGUUAUUGGAACACCAGAAUUUAUGGCGCCUGAAAUGUAUGAAGAAAUGUAUGAUGAAAGCGUUGAUGUAUACGCAUUUGGAAUGUGCUUACUGGAAAUGGUUACUGGUGAAUAUCCGUAUAGCGAGUGUCAAUUUCCUGCUCAAAUUUAUCGCAAAGUUACUACAGGUGUGAAGCCAGAAUGCUUCAGCAGAAUACCCCAACAGUAUCCUGAAAUUCGGGAGAUUAUUGAUCGAUGUAUACGGGUUCGUCGUGAAGAAAGGUCAACUGUGAAACAAUUGUUAUCAGAUGAUUUCUUCACGCCAGAAGAGCUGAUCGGUAUACGGGUUGAAAUUAAAAAUCGAGAUGCAGAUCUCAGUGAUGUUAAUUCUGAACAAUAUCGUUUUAAAGAAAAUGAAGGGUUACAAUUUGCUUUUGAUAUUGAAACUGAUAAGGCAGAAGAAGUAGUGCAACAGAUGAUUGAACAGCAGCAUAUUCCUGAAGAAGAUACGCGCAUGAUUACGAAACUUAUCAAGGAUAAGGUUGAAGCAUUCAAACGCGAUCGCGAAUUUCGACAUGCGGAAUUGAAACGUUUGCGGGAAGAGGAACAAAGAAAGCAAGAGGAAGAAGCAAUUCGUAGUGAAAUGCUGCUGAGAGCACGAGAGAAAGAGCGUAUGGAACGCGAAGCUGCUGCGGCUUUUGAGCACCAGCAACAGGUACAACAACAACCGCAACAAUCGCAGCAACAACCGCAACAGUUGCGACAACAGCAACAGUCACAACAACUAUCGCAGCAGCAGCCAGCUAGUGCAUCACCGGAAAACGAUGAUCAUCAUGAUGGAUCCGUGAAACACAAGAAAUCGAAGAAAAAAGUUGUGAUCGAAGUGCUUCGCGUCGUUACGGAUGAGACUAAUCAGCAACCACUGGUUAACUGUCGUCUUGAUACAUCGCAUAAGACAGUUACGUUCCAGUUUGCACCAGAUUCUGACAAGCCAUCCGUGAUUACGAAGAAAUUGCUGGAUCAAGAUUGUUUAACGAGUCCGCAAGUAGGAAUUGUUGUAGAUCAGCUCGAAAAAAUUAUUCAGAUGAUUGUGGCUGAUCCAGUAAAAGCAGUUGGUGUGAAAAUUAUUAGUUUUGUGGAUUCGACAUCAGCAAAUGCGGGUGUCGAAACAACAGUGAGCCAGUCAAACAUUUCGAAUCCCAUCGCUUCGGAUGUUUCUGGUGAAUCAAACACAAUGUUAACAGCUACAUCCUCUGUGCAGAAUUUUCAGGCUGUUCAACCUCUAUCAACGCUGAAAAAUCAGUCGCUUGAUCAAACGGUGACGAAUUCUACUGUCUCACAGUCGAGUUUACCUGGGACCGCACAACUUCCAGCAACUUCAACUCAACAACCUUCAGUUUCAGUUUUGUCACAUGCAGCUGCAUCAAACACGACAACAACUCCCAGUGUUACAAGUCCUGUUCCAGCUCUCGUCCCAACAACCGCAACAACCAAGACAUCACGUUUCUUGGUUACCAAAUCAACUUUGCCUGUUGAUAUUAGUAGUUCAGUUACGCUUCCGUCGCUUAAUUCCAAUUUUCAAGAAAACACAGUGAAGGAUGCUCCGUCGAUCGUAAUUGCCGUUAGUAAUAGUACGUCGGCACCGUCAAUUAAUCCAUCGCAUACUGUGAAUGCACCGACAGCAGUUCUGCAGCAUGUGGCACGUGGUGAAUCACGUACGACUCUCGAAAAGUUGGAAAGUGAGCUUUGUAAAGUAAGCGGCGUAAAUCCACCGAACAAUAUUCCGAAUGUGACAAAUUCAGGAUCGGUUCCUCCGCCUGAUCUUCCUACAGUCUCUGGAGGUUCAUUACCAUGUGCGUCUUUACCGCAUACGCCGUCCGUAUGUAACAAUUUGACGCAUAACUUGACCGAUCUAAAUGAUAAGUUGUUGGCGCUGAGUCAGAAAAUGCAGGGCGAACAAAUGGAAGAAGUUGCUUACCAGAGUAACGAAACCGUUGCACCAGUAACACAAACACCGCAGUCCCCAGCAAUUACACCUAGUUUACCUACUGCUUCGACAGUACCGUUAAUACCUACAACACUAUCAAAUAUCGUGUCUGGAACGAUAACACCUGGCAAAACAAGUGCUACUCCGGAAGCCGGAAUCCUUCACGUUGAUACAUUAAAUGAACUUGCUGAUGCUUUGCAGAAGGUAAUUCAUGUUGAGCCUCGUGAAACUGGUUCUGUGCCACCACUAGGUGUUGAUAUUGCUAGUCAUAUCGCACCAUUUCCUGCUGAACACCAAUCACCAAGUACAACCAAUAUGCUUCAUGCGGCUGUUACAAGUUUGCAAGAUAUCAGUUCUGGAGCGGAUAGGAGAGCUGUGCCUGCCAAUGAUACAACAAAGCAUACAUUGGAAGAUAUGAAAAAUAUAACCAGUGCAGGAGAAGGCGGAGGAAGAGGAAAUGCAAAAUUGGAAGAUGGGAAUCAUCCUGGGGUAGCAUCACCAAAUGUUACAAGCAGCGAUGAGGCAGUGUCAAAUGUUCUCACAGCAGCUACCCAAAUAUGCAGCGGUAUCAAUACGGCGAUAUUGGAUGGUGGUAGUUCGACAACGAAUUCAGCUCCGCUAGCGAAAUUUGAAAAUUUGGAAACAGCGCUAACAACGACAUUAGGUACACAUGGGUGUUGUCCAACGGCACCUCAUAUCGUUAAUUCAACGCAUCCAAAUUACCGUAUCAAUAAUGUUACAAAUGCAGAUACUCAACAAACAGACUUAACGCAGGUUUCUUCGUUGGAUGGAAUCCACAUGUCGCAGCAACCUUGCAUUACGAUGUCCGAGGCAUGCGAAGCAGCGCAAAAAUCGACCAGUGAACUUGCUUCAAUGAUAGUACCGAAAGGAGCGGUAUUUCAUGUUGGUACACCACCACCAGCACAUUUCAGUGAUUCGGCUAGUCAAACGGAAUUGAUCAGCACGCGUGAUCCACUCGACCAUAUGUUUAGUCCAACGACUUCUUACAACUCCGACUAUGAUUUUCAGCUUGAUGAAGAAUAUAACGAUGAGGAUGAUGAAUCCAUUCAGUCACUUAUACAAAGGCACAGACUUGAAAUGGAGCUAUUACGCGAGCGACAGCGUCGUGAAUUGCAGCUAGCACGCCUACGUUUGCAUCAUCAUCAGCUGGGCAAUGGAAAUACAUUGCUGACAACAGUUGGAGGCUGUUUGGCUCGUUCCAUCGAUAGUUCUGGAAGUAGCCCACAUGGUCCAAUUCACAUUCCGUAUCAUCCUAUUACCAGUUCCCAUAUCACUUCUCGAUUGGCCCUUCCUUCAUCAAUAUCGCUUCCUGGUAGUCCACCACAGAAUAGUUUUCUCGGACAACUUGCGCCGUUAAGAGAUACCCUACCGCGACGAGCGUAUGGGACCGGAUCGUUGGCUGAAUCUGCUCGUCACGCAUCAGUUGAUGCAGCGUUAUCGCGAAGACCAAUUCAUCCCUCAGCUCAUUAUCCUUUUCAAAUUAGCACUUAUACAGUUGAUCAGCAUCGUCAUCAUCAUCAUCAUCAUCAUCACCAUCAUCAACAUCACCAUCAGCAGCAACAGCAACAGGGAAACAUCCUGAGCAACAGUUUAGAUCAUGGCUAUUUUCAUGCAGGAAUUUUAUCAAGACAACCAGUACCAACAAUCAUGCAUAGAACAAGUGCUAUCACUGAGGUCGCGCCAUCGCUUAAUUCCAACAUUGAACGCCAGCUGCGCGAAACCUUUAGUACACCUCCGCAAUGA